AUGUUUGAUAUUGAUAUUGAUCUAGCAUUUAAGAGAAUCGCCAUACAGCUCGACAUCCAAAAGCCUGGCUUGGGUUUGUUGCCACUGACACGCUCGGAAAUCUUCAUUCACCCUCCUGCACUUCGGCCGGGCAUCGCAACACGAAAAUUACCCGAGGCGAAGGAGUCUGUAAAAAGCAUACGUUUGAUGUGA